AUGGCUGUCGGUGCCCAACAAAUGACCUCUAAUACCUCCCCCGAAAGUAUACCUCUUGGUUCUUCACUUUCUCCGGGAACUAACCAGACUUCAUGGCUUUCGCCUUCUGGUCUCUUUGCCUUUGGGUUUUAUCCGGAAGGCGGCAAAUAUGCUGUGGGAAUCUGGCUUGUUGGUAAUCCAAAUAAAACUGUCAUUUGGACAGCGAAUCGACAUGAUCCUCUUGUCGAUUCUAAUUCUUCUAUUGUUUUCACCCCCUAUGCACUCGUUGUUCAAACCGAUCAGGGAGGACAACCCAACCCGAUCAUUUCAUGGCAAAAGCAGGCAGACUCAGCCUCGAUGCUUGAUUCUGGUAAUUUUGUCAUUUACAAAUUCCUGUAUGAUCCGUCUAAUGUAAAUUGGCAAAGCUUUGAUUUCCCAACGGACACCCUUGUAGUUGAUCAACAUCUGUUAAAUUAUAAGGAAUUGGUUUCAAGCAAAUCCCCGGUAGACCACUCGAGUGGGCGAUUUCAUGUUGUAAUGCAGGAUGAUGGCAACCUCGUUGCAUACGGCAUUAAUUCCUUUUAUGCUAAUACCGAUGCAUAUUGGGCCACCAAUACCCAGGGAGAAAGCAAUGACACAUACACAUUGGUCCAGGAUAGAGUAGCCUUGUUCUUCGAGGAUGGGCAUGUAACGCUCCGAGCUAACAACUCAGAUCCAGAUCAGAAGAGCAUUCUACUAACGCUGGAUUAUGAUGGAAAUUUUAGGCUCUAUUUGCACAGUUUCAUUAAUGGUGAUGCCUCGAACUCAAAUGUGUCGGUAAGAUGGUCAGCACAGAAUUCCUCAUGUGAUAUAAAAGGUUUUUGCGGAUUAAACAGCUUCUGCAAAGUCACAGACGAAAAGGCAGGGUGUGAUUGCUUCCCAGGGUUUGAUUUUGUUGAUGAAAGUCAUGAUUUCCUCGGCUGUUACAGGAGGUCUAACUAUGAACAACACUGCAGGGCUGAAGAGUCUGCCUUGUCUUUUAUUAUUGUCCAUAUGAGAAGUACUACGAUACGGGGCUAUCCUUAUUCUGUGAUACCACUUUCCCUUGAAGAAUGCAGCAGGUCUUGCUUGGACGACUGCCAUUGUGAAGCUGCUUUGCACGUCAAUGAUAUCUGUGAGAAAAACAAGCGUCCCAUCAUGUAUGCAGCUAAAACUCCAGAUAAUUCUUCCACAGUUUUGAUCAAGAAAUUAAUGCCUGCCCCUCCUGGAAAACCAGAGGGGCCCAAUCAACAUGUGACCAAGAGAAAGAAGAUGCUUAUUUUGCUCUUAUCAAUCAGCUUGGGUUCCUUUGCAGUUCUGUGUUGCCUGAUAGCAGUCUUCAGCUUCUUGAUGUAUCAUCACCAAGUUCAUAAGUAUGAAAGGCUGGCAAAAGUUCCUACUUUGGGUCCAGCGCAAGAGUUUAGUCUGCAAUCUUUUUCAUAUAACGAGCUUGAGAAAGCCACUGGUGGGUUCAGGGAAAAGCUUCACAAGGGCUCUCUAUGGACGGUGUACAAAGGGGCUAUAUCUGAUGGUAAAAGGCCUGUAGCAGUGAAGAAGCUAGAAAGAGAAGUGGAAGAAGGAGAACAGGAGUUUCGAGCAGAAAUGGCUACAGUUGGACGUACUCAUCACAAAAACUUAGUUCGGCUGCUCGGGUUUUGCAAGGAAAACUCUAGGAAAAUUCUUGUCUAUGAAUACCUGAAAAUGGACCCUGGCGAAUCUUCUGUUCAAUGUUGA